AUGUCGAACCUAUACGCAAAUGAGGUGUUGAAAGGCACGAAAGAUAGUAAGAACAGACGCAAGGGAAGGGUCGAAGGGUGCCAGAGAUGCGCUAAGAAAGAUAUAAAAGAAGUGUCAAAUAGUGCAGAGGCACAAAGAAAGGCGUCGGCCAGCACCACGCAGGCAAAGCCCAACAAAAGAGACCCACCUUCGCGGCCAUACAUACUCAAACAGAACAAAGGCGUCGACCCGUAUCAUGUGGUCACGCACACUCCAAUAAAGAGGGAGGCAUCAACCAACGCAGUCAUCGUCAGUGAAUUGAUGGAAUCCCCGCACAACCUAACAAAAAGGGAGGCAUCAGCUCAAUGCAACACACAGUCAUGCACAACCCAACAAAGAGACGAAAGCCAGACAACAUCCAGCCGUUACGGUAAUACACGCUCCGAAAAACGAGGCAUCGACUCGCCACCGCGGUCAUGCAUACUCACAGAAGCUGGUACAGAGAGGCGAUCAACGACCCGGCGGAACAGCGUUGCGUGA